AUGAAAAAGACGAAGUCCACAGAGCGCGCGACUCGUAUAAGUGAGCUUGAAUUGAGGCACCAGGACAAUGUCCAUCAGAUUGACCUCACCGGCCGUGAUGAGGAAGCUCGUCUCCUAAAGCUGCGACUCUUGACGCUUCGCGAUGAAAAUGCAUCCCUUAAGGACCGGCUGGUCCAACGAGAUGCUCUCGUGAAACAGAUCACGAAAAAAGGAAAAGAUGCUCACGCCGAGCUUACCGAAGCGAAGGAGAAGCUGAAAGCCCAAGAAAUGCAGCUUAGAAAACAAGGCAACGAGCUGGAGGGCCUCAAGGUAGGACAAGACUCAAACAAGGUCUUGCAGGAGAAACUCGCCCUCAGCCAUAAGCUUGAUCAGAUCCAGCCUGAGCUUGAACAUCUCAAGACGCAACUCGAAAACCAUCGCGCCGUCGUCGCCCAAAAGCAGGAUCUCGAGCGCCAGCUUAGUUCGAUCGAGGUUGAGCUCGAAAAUGAGAAGAGAUCGAAAAAACGUAUGCAGUCCAAGAAUCAUGACAAUGAUCAAAUGAAGGAACAAUUGGACGAAGCGAAGAGAGAAUUGGAGAAGCUCAAGAAAGAACACAGCAGAGAGCUACGGGAAGUUCGCGGUGAAUGUGACAUGCUUGAAGGCCGCGUUGAGGAUACAAGAAGCAAACUGAAGAAGACACAGGGCGACCUCAAGGACACACGCGCCGAGCUCGCGUCUUGUCGUGCUGAACUGGAGGAAGCCCAUAAGGCUCUGGCGACUAACAAGCCAAACAAGAAGAGUGUCACAAUGAAAGAACAUCCCAUUGGAAAGAAGAGAGCCCCGGACCUGAGCAUGGAAGACAUCAGCAUCGGAACCCCCGGCCCAGACGAGGCAACCUUUAGGCGACCUUCCAAGAAACGAGGUGCUGAGCGCGCCUUGGUCGGAGAGAAGUCGACGUUCUCAAUCACGCCCUUUUUGAACCGUACCAAGAACCUCUCGGAUAACAUGUCAGAUGAGCUGAGCGAACUUCACUCACCCACUGGAAAGUCUGCAGGUGCCUCAGAGCCCGUCAUCUUUGAAGAGGUUGCUCCAGAAGCUGGCGAUUCUAUGUCUAUGGAGCCCAUAGAGGAAGCUGCAGAGUCAGAUCAUCAAGCUGAGGAUGAUGCUGUCGCCGAGCAAGAGGAGCAGCCAAAGGCACAGAAGGCCCGAGGCAGACCAAGGAAAGCUCUGGACGACGCACCAACAACGAAGAAGAACAUGCCUGUCCAGGCAAAGAGAAAGCCCAAGGCAGCCAAGGCUUCUAGUAAAGUCGAGAUGAUAGCCGAAGUUGACGAGGUUGAAGAACCAGAGGCUGAGCCUAUCGAGAAGCCCAAGAAGAUGCCGGGGCUGCUUAAGUCUAACCCUGCUACGGCGUCGUUGAGAAUUGGACAUGAUGAUGCAGAUACACGCAAGAAGAAGCGCAAAAUGCUUGGUGGUGGCAACAAGACUCUGUUCGACGAUGAGGACGUGGAACCAAUUCCCAGACCAGCAAAGAUUCAGAUGGGGGCUGGACGUAGGCUCAAGGCACCGCUGGGAAAUGUUCGUGGUGCAUUCGGUGGAGCGACAUUCUCGCCAUUGAAGAAGGACAGGCGAGGAAUAGUCACGAAGAGUUUUAUCACUAAGAACGCUUACUUCAACUCGUCAAAUUUGAUGAACAUCCGGCUGCCUUCCGCGUUCUCAAGCUUGGGCUGGAAGCUCAGCCCAUGCUUAUUUGUUUCACGACCAGCAGCUGAAUCAAUACGAUGGUCUUCAUCAGGGUCUCGUUGGAAGCAGCGACAAUCCCGUGACGCAUAUGCACGGGGUGCGAAAGUUCAAGGACUCAAAAGCCGGGCAGCUUUCAAGCUCCUAGAAAUGGACUCCAAGUACAAGCUGUUUAAAGGCAAUGGGCAGACAGUGGUUGACCUGGGAUAUGCACCAGGCAGUUGGUCACAGGUUGCCGUGGAAAGGACGAGGCCGAAUGGGCGGGUCAUUGGUAUCGACCUCAUCCCAGCCCAACCGCCUCGUGGUGUAGCUACCUUUCAGGGCGAUUUUCUCUCACCAGUUGUCCAAGAGAUGGUCAAGAGCUUCAUUCUUGAAAGUCACCAGCAUCCACCUGUUGGGCAGGAAAUUGAGAAAGCCGACAGCUCUGGCACAGAAGAAGGCAUCGCAGUUGAUCGGCCUAGCUACCUCGACAUGGAACGACACACUGGGCAAAACGAGCCACCGGCAUCUGGACCAGAGGCAUCAAGCAAGCGCAUCGUCGAUGUUGUUCUGAGUGACAUGUCAGCACCCUGGGAGCAAACCACCGGCUUUAACGUGAAGACAUUGAGUAAUCCCUAUCAUAGGUUGAUGAACACGAGCGGAAACGGCUUCCGUGACCAUACGGGCAGUAUGGACCUUUGCGCUGCUGCUCUCCAAUUUGCCAGCGACACUCUUCGGUCUGGGGGACAUUUCGUCUGCAAAUUCUACCAGGGACCCGAGGACAAGGAGUUCGAGAAAAAGCUGAAAACACUUUUCACGAAAGUUUUCAGAGAGAAGCCUGAUUCUUCAAGAAAGGGUGUUGCUUCCGGUGGGAGCACGGAGAGCAAGCUGGUCCAGGGUGAUGGCCUCACCACCAGCGGCGACAAUGCGGGCGCGGGCAGUGGCGGUGAAUCGCAGAGCAGCGACAGUCACCUUGGGGAACUCGAGCAGACGGUUAUCAUCGGUGAUGGUACCGACAACGACGACGGUUCGCUUCUCACCCUCCUUGUUGAUGUUGGCGACAAUUCGGGACAAGGAGACGGGAGGUCGGUUGAUCUUGGACGUAAACAGACGUCGGAGAACGACCUUGUUGAAGGAAGAGUCGGUUCGGCCUGCAACAUGUGGGGAGAUGGUUAAUUGAGAGUUCUCGAUCGAAUUUGUGCGCUUGCAGGUGGGAGAUUGGACAUACGAGCCAGGAAGCGGUAGAGCUUCACCAAGAGCCUAAGGUAGACAUUGUCGCUCUUGGGGGCAGUGCGGUGAGUGCCCUUGACGUGGUGGCGGUCGAGAUCGAUACCUGUGAGGUGAAGCCAUCGUCAGCCAUUUGGUUCAAGCAUGCUCAAAAAUGGGCAACUCUGUCUUGCGCUUUCGCGAACAAGAUGGUGCCUUGGUCGCAGAGAAAGAGGCACGAAAGUACGCUCCUUCUCUACUCGCAUACAGAGGCUGAACUUCAAUAUCUUCACGUACCCAUGGCGGCGGUUGUCGCUGUGAAAUUUGGCGAUGUUGGGUAUGGAGGUGGAUGCGUCGAACAACACUUUCCUUCGAAAAAUUCAGGGCUUUGGGGUGGUGGG